AUGGCUAAAUAAAUCAGUGAGUUCAAUCUAACUUAAUAGGAAUCUGAUCUUUUAGACUAGCUUAAAUAUAAGGUUAACUAAAACUCAAUCAAAAUAUAAAUUUAAGCAACAUAUCCAGAAAAAAGCGAUGAAAUUUUUUAUAGUGAUGAUAGGCUUGUUAGAUUUUUAUUUGCUAGGGAGAUGAAUAUAGAUAAAGCAGCGUAGAUGUGGUUUGAAUGGGCUAAAUGGUACAUAGAGUAGCGACCUGAAAAAAUAACAUAGGAAGAAAUAUAAGAAGAAAUAGAUGCUAAAAAAGCUUUUUGGUUUAAGCAAGAUAAUAAGAAAAAUCCUUGUCUAAUAGUUAUGAUUAAAAAUCAUAAUCCAGUUUAUGAAAAAAUAGAGUAGGCAAGAAAGUUCUUUUUAUGGACUAUGGAAUAAGGUAUUAAAAUGGCAAAAAAGAAUGGAACUCAUAGACUCACAAUUAUUUGGGAUGGGAAAGGAUUCUAAAGAUCUUAAAUGAAUUCUGCGUUUUUAGAUUUUAUAAAAGUUGUUGCCAAAUCUUUGCAAGAUUAUUAUCCUUGCAGAUUGGCAGCAGUAUAUGUUACAGAUCCUGAUUUUCUCUUUAGAUUAGGAUUUACUCUCCUAAAACCAUUUUUAAGUAAAGUAAUUACCAGCAAAAUUCAUUAAAUACCAAUGAAGGACUUAAAUAAAUAUUUUGAUGCAGAUUGUAUUUUACCUGAGCAUGGAGGAGACGCAAAUACGAUAAGCCCCCUAUCUCCUGAUUAUGUUUAAGCUAGUUAGAGAACAAAUAAUUUAAAUUAGAGUUUUCAAAAUAUUCACCAUCAAUAGAAUAAUUAUCUUCAUGUAGAAAAUUUUUAAAGCCACAAUGGUGUUAAUCACCAUAAUCAUUAAGUGAAUAACAGUUUUAUUACUGAAGAAUUCCAUUCUAUUGCUAAUGAUAGUAAAAUAUUCUUUGAUAAUUAGAGUCUAUCAUAAUUUAAAUUAAAUAAUCACGAAAAUCACAAUCAAUAAAAUCAUUAAUAAGAAAUAUUGAUUGAAGGUUCAACAAAUCAAACUAAGUCACUAUGUUGUAACACUGAUUGCUCUAUUUUCUGA